GGUAGAAUGAGCUGGAGUUAGUUGCGUUUGAAGGCCGGAGUGAAAUGGAAGUAGAGUCAGAAGUAAAGCACCUGAGGCUAUGAGACAAGGCAUUCCGGUGAUUGGAGAACAAUCAUGAGGAUAAUGUUGGUGGAGUCGCUGUGGCAAUAGUUCUAAUGGAACUUUUAUUAGAAGCGCAGCAGCAGCAUCCAAAAUCCGAGGAGCGCACAAGAUCUAGGAGGAUCCAGUCAGCAGUUUGUUGCUCCUCUUCCUCUAUCCUACCUGUUGCACUGUUUACCAUUCACGAUUUUUGGAGCAGAGCAGAGCGAACAUCGAUUGUCGAACAAAAGACUUUUAUCACUGUUCCAGUUAUCCGGUUUCUUUGUUGGUGCUUUACACGUUAGUUUGAUAGAAUAUUAUGGUGCUUUUUAGUUAAAUCAAAUAGAGAUGGCGUCGCCAGUUCCUAUAACGGAGAUCGAGGCUCUUCACAGGAAGGUGCUUCUCGACAGUUUGACCAGUUACCAGACCUCCAACGUCUUCACCGACGUGACUUUAAUCGUAGAUGGCAACAGUUUUAAAGCGCACAAGUUGAUCUUGGCUUCGUGCAGUUAUUACUUCCAAUCGAUGUUCAUGGAUGAAAUGCUGGAGGCUAAGGAGAAUGUAGCUCACAUCCAGGGUAUCUCAGCUAGUGGUCUUUCCAUACUGCUGAACUACAUGUACACCUCGAAGCUUGAAAUAACCGAUCUCAACGUACAAGAUAUUCUUGCCACAGCUGUAUACACUCAAGUCUAUCCAGUCGUUCAAGCAUGCAAGCAAUACUUGAAGCUCAGUUUGGAUGUGGAAAACUGCACGGAUAUCGCAACCAUCGCGGAUAACUACUGCUUGAAUGACCUGAAGAUGGACGUCUUCAAUUUCGUUAGUUCUUCCUUCAUCGAAGUGGCCAAGACCAAGGACUUUCAUAGACUGAGCCCCGAGCAAAUCCAGUACGUCGUUUCAAGAGAUGUGCCUAUAAAUGUAACAGAACUUAAAUUCCUCCAAUACAUACUGCUCUGGUUUUUCAAGGGCAACCACAAUGAGAUUAAAAGUAAAUUAUCUCACGCUGAAAACAUAUUGAAGCACAUUAGGUUUUUUGAGAUAAUCCCGUCGCGGCUCAAAGGAAUGUUGGACGUCCUCUUCGUGGAGCGCAACAAGCUGAACGAUCCUCUCUACGAAAUCAUAAUGAGGAUAUCUCAUCAACCCGAGAACAGUUUGAGGGUGCCUCUCUUAAAGAACAGUUUCAGCACCAGAGGAAUGCAGUUGGCUUUAGUUAAAGUCGGUGGUUUCGGUAUGAACGGCCUCACCAACGAUAUCAAUUAUAGUUUCAUCGAUGAGAGACAUUGGCGGCAUCUGACUGUGAUACCUCACGUGGAGCAGUGCAAUUACGGGACGGCCGUCCUCAACAACGAGCUAUACGUGAUCGGAGGUUGCUUCAAUCAAUCGCUGCAGGAGGUGAUUCAUCCAUUUGGAUUUAAGUUCAACCCUUACACGAAGAGUUGGCAGAAGAUUCGGUCCAUGAUGUUGGAGAGGUGUCGCUUCACCUUGAACGUACUGAACAAUAAGCUUUACGCAGUCGCCGGGGCUACGGAAAGCGGAAACGGUUUCGAUCUUGAGGCUACGAAAACCGCAGAAUGCUAUGAUUUGAAUAGAGGUGCUUGGAGCUGCAUUGAAAGUCUUCCUGAGUGCAGGCAACAGCACGCUGCUGUUUCCUACUCGCACAUGGGGAAAAAUAUGCUGUUCGUUUCUGGUGGUCUGCACAAGGAUCGGGUCAUAGCUUCGAUGUUCGUUUAUACCGAAGAGAAGAACAGUUGGAGUUCUUGCGCUCCGCUGUUGACGCCGAGAGCUGAUCACUUCAUGGUUUGCUACAAUUACAAGCUUUACGUCUGCAGCGGUUGGAGGGAGGAUCCGAAUGCUCCGCAACUCAGGAUACAGGUGGCCACGAUCGAUGCUUAUGACCUGAUCACGAACACCUGGAGCUUCGUCACGAACGUGCCUACACCUAGGUACCAUACGGGCGUUGUUGCUCACGAUUCGAAGAUCUACUUUAUCGGAGGUUUUCAUAAUGAUGCCAUGUUUCAUAAAGACACCGCGGCCAUCGAAUGCUACGACAUCCUCACGGACACCUGGACCAAAGGGGACAAGCAUUCCCAAGACUUCUGGGAACACAACUGCGUCAUGCUCUACGUACCCAAGCAGCACUCAGAUUCAAAGACAUGACAAUACUUAAACGUAAUUUAUAUCUAUGCCUUCCAUUUUUUAUUAUUAUUUAUAAUUUAUACUUUUAAUAUAUAA